UGGAGUCCUCGACAUUCAGGACGAGUUACUUACUAGUAAAUGACUUGGAGAGGGUGGAGCUGUCAAAGUUCCACUCAUAGGGGAAAAAACAACCCGAGUUAUCCCCAAAAUAAUUGUGUAUUCGCUUGUCAUCGAAAGAAAGAAGUCUAUUUUACCACAGCAAGCCUAAAUAUGGACUAAAACUGCGCUUCUACAGAAUAGAUCAUGAAGAACCCAAGAAACAGCGCAGCAAUGCAAUUUAAAACUGGGAUCCUCCUGGCUUCCCUGCUCGCACUCGGCUGCAGUGACUUACAAGACAAGAAAGUGUGCCAGGGGAUCAGCAACAAGUUGACUCGUUUGGGAUCUCCUGAAGACCAUUACAACAAUCUUGUAAGAAUGUACAAAAACUGUACAGUAGUGCUGGAGAAUCUGGAGAUUACCUAUGUAGAAGAAAAACGUGAUCUGUCUUUCUUAAAGACUAUCAAAGAGGUUGGUGGAUAUGUGCUGAUCGCACUCAACAAUAUAACGAAACUCCCUCUGGAAAACCUGCAGAUAAUCAGAGGUCACACUCUGUAUCUUAACAAAUAUGCUCUGGCAGUUUUGUCUAACUAUGGUAAAAACUCUACUGUGGGGGUGACAGAACUGCCCUUGAGAAGCCUAACAGAGAUUCUCAAAGGAGGAGUGAAAUUCACCAACAACAACUUGCUUUGUAACCUGGAGACCAUCCAGUGGAAUGAUAUUGUAGACUUCAAAUCAAACCCUGAAAUGGUUCUUCCCUCAGUGAAUAACAGGCCACAUUGUCAAAAAUGUGAUCCAGGGUGCAAUGGGUCAUGCUGGGCACCAGGUCCUGACAACUGCCAAACUUUGACCAGGUUAAUCUGUGCUGAUCAGUGCUCUGGGAGGUGUAAGGGUCCAAAUCCGAGUGACUGCUGCAAUGACCACUGUGCGGCAGGCUGUACAGGACCCAGGCCAACUCACUGCCUGGCCUGCCGUGCAUUCCAGGAUGAUGGGACCUGCAAGGAUGCCUGCCCUCAGCUGAUGCUGUAUGACCCCAACACACACCAGCUGGAGGUUAAUCCAAAGGGGAAAUACAAUUUCGGAGCCACUUGUGUGAAGAAUUGCCCACAUAACUACGUUGUAACAGACCAUGGCGCAUGUGUGAGGACUUGUAGCUCUAAUACCUAUGAAGUUGAUGAAAACGGGUUGAGAAAAUGCAAAAAGUGUGAAGGGCCCUGUCCAAAAGCCUGCAGCGGAUUAGGGAUGGGAACUCUCAAGGAUGUCCUGUCUAUUAAUGCAACCAACAUUGAAUCCUUCAGAGACUGCACUACAAUCAACGGUGAUAUUUCCAUCCUACCUGUCACUUUUAAUGGUGACAAAUUCACAAACACUCCUGCUCUGGACCCAGCUAAACUUAAUGUGUUUAAGACUGUUAAAGAAAUUACAGGGUUUUUGCUUGUUCAAUCUUGGCCAUUGAAUCUUUCUGAUCUCAGUCCUUUUGAAAAUGUGGAAAUUAUUCGUGGGAGAACAAAACAUGGCACAGUUUCCCUUGCUGUGGUGAAUAUUGAGAUCAGUUUUCUGGGACUGCGUUCUUUGAAGGAGAUCAGUGAUGGCGACGUGGUGAUAAAAAGCAACCCCAAUCUUUGCUACACAGACAAAUUCCAGUGGAAUAAGCUUUUUAUGUCAGACAAACAAUCGUAUAAUAGAGUUUCUUUAAAUGGCGAACCAGAUAAAUGUGCUGCUCAUGUUUGCGAUGAGCUGUGCACUGAUGAAGGAUGCUGGGGCCCGGGUCCCUCCAUGUGUUUUUCAUGUCAGUUUUAUAGACGGUCUAAAGAAUGUGUGGAAAAGUGCAACGUCCUACAGGGGGACCCAAGGGAAUUUGUGGAAGGAACCAGAUGUCAUCUGUGUGAUUCAGAGUGCCAGCCACAGAAUGGGACCGAUACAUGUACUGGACCUGGCCCAGACAAGUGUACUGAGUGUGCCCAUUUCAAAGACGGCCCUCACUGUGUACCAAAAUGCCCUGCUGGCAUCCCAGGAGAAAACAACACAAUUAUUUGGAAAUACUCAGAUGCAAGCAAGGUGUGCCAACUAUGUCAUCCAAAUUGUACCCAAGGAUGUAAGGGACCUGGGUUGUCUGGCUGUGAUGAUCAGGGAUCAAGAAUAUCAUCUAUUGCUGCUGGAGUGGUUGGUGGCCUCCUCUGUUUUGUCAUCCUAGCUCUGAUGGUGUUCAUCUUACUGCGCAGACGUCACAUCAAGAGAAAGAGGACACUACGCAGGUUACUGCAAGAGAGAGAGCUGGUGGAGCCAUUAACUCCAAGUGGAGAAGCACCAAACCAGGCCCUGCUGAGGAUCCUCAAAGAGAUAGAGUUUAAAAAGAUGAAGGUUCUUGGCUCUGGAGCUUUUGGCACAGUGUACAAGGGUCUAUGGAUUCCUGAAGGGGAAGAUGUGAAGAUUCCUGUUGCCAUCAAGGUUUUGAGAGAAGCAACCUCUCCAAAAGCCAAUAAAGAGAUUCUGGAUGAGGCCUAUGUUAUGGCCAGUGUUGACAAUCCCCAUGUUUGCCGCCUUCUGGGAAUUUGCCUGACCUCCACGGUGCAGCUGAUUACCCAGCUCAUGCCGUAUGGCUGCCUGCUCGACUACGUCAAAGAGAACAAGGAUAACAUCGGCUCCCAGUACCUCCUCAACUGGUGUGUGCAGAUUGCCAAGGGGAUGAGUUACCUGGAGGAUCGGCAUUUGGUGCACCGUGACCUGGCUGCUAGAAAUGUGCUGGUGAAGACCCCGCAGCACAUAAAGAUCACAGACUUUGGGCUUGCCAAGCUACUGAAUGCAGAUGAGAAAGAAUACCAUGCAGAUGGAGGCAAAGUCCCAAUUAAAUGGAUGGCCUUGGAGUCAAUUUUACACAGGAUCUACACACAUCAGAGUGAUGUGUGGAGUUAUGGUGUGACUGUUUGGGAGCUAAUGACUUUUGGAUCAAAGCCUUAUGAUGGUAUCCCAGCUAGCGAGAUUGCAGGGGUCCUUGAGAAAGGGGAGCGUCUGCCCCAGCCUCCAAUCUGCACCAUUGAUGUAUACAUGAUUAUGGUCAAAUGCUGGAUGAUUGACUCAGACAGCAGGCCUAGAUUUCGUGAGCUGAUUGCAGAAUUCACUAAAAUGGCUCGGGAUCCUUCUCGCUACCUCGUCAUUCAGGGUGAUGAAAGAAUGCACUUGCCGAGCCCCUCCGACUCCAGAUUCUACCGCACCCUGAUGGACGGAGAGGACAUGGAGGAUAUUGUGGAUGCUGACGAGUAUCUUGUUCCCUACAAUGGGUUUUUCAACAGCCCAUCCACUUCCAGAACACCACUGUUCAACUCAAUGAGUAUUAAUAGCAACAUGGGAGCAACUGCCUGUCCUAACAGUAAUGGGGGACACCCAAUAAGAGAGGACAGCUUCACCCAUCGAUACAGCACAGACCCCACAGGCCCACUCUCAGACGAAUGUCUAGAAAGGGAUUUUGAACCUGCGCCAGAAUAUGUGAACCAGAAUGGACACGCAUUGUCUGAAAUGAUGAACCCCAUUUACCAGGAGGUCCUCCUUCCUCGCAGCCCCACUCAGGGAGCUCAAGACUCUCACUAUAUGAAUUCUGUCAACAACACAGUGGGCAACCCAGAGUACCUGAAUACCAACCCCAGGCCAGUCUUUGACAAUCCACGCUACUGCGACCAAAAAUGCUACCAACAAACCAGUCUGGACAAUCCUGAUUAUCAGCAGGACUUUUUUCCCUUAAAAUCAAAAACUAAUGGUCAGUGUCCUGCAGCUGAGAAUGUUGAAUAUAUGGGUUUACCAGCACAGCCAAAGGCCCACUAGGACAAUGCUGUUUGACUGCUCUUUUAGCCUCCCUAAGAAUGGUGUUCCAAAGUUUCACAGUGUCUGUGGAAACAGUUUGGUAAAAUAAUUAAAAACAACACUAAUGUUUUCUUCUCAUAGAAAGGGGUGCAUUAUAAGCAAUUCUUGAAUAUACUUAUUUUCCAGUCUUUGUGAAAGAGUUAUUACUUGUCUCCUUGAACACUAUGGCAUUGUGCUUGAACUUCAAGUCUGUGUUUUUGUCGUUUUUGGAUUGAUACUGCUUUAUCUGAGGUUUACAACUGUUCCCCUGAGAAAUGUACACAUAUACAGAUAAGAAAAGGUUGGAGUAUAUUCAAAUAUGUAAAUAAGCUAUCAGCCUUGGAUUGUUGUCUGUGUGGGUUGCUACUUAAGCAUUAAUUAAGGUUUAAUUAAUUUUAGACUACAAGCAAAGACUUCCAGGCUUUGCAAUCUCAGCAUCAGCACUCCUUUUUUUUUCCUGAUAGAGAAGUGCUUCUUGAAAUUGGCACUGCAUUGAAAGCAGUAUUUAUUGGAGCCAAAAUUACGCCAAGGUUUUCACGAGGGCCCCUGCCUGUCUGCAUUAAACAGGUAGUACCACAGAUUGGACAGGGUGGAGACAGCACAACAACAACGGUGCAGUAUGGAACUCAAUAAAAAUAAGGGGAGCUAAAUUGCUAUUGAUCCUAAUUGUAGCUGAUAUUGACAGGGCAGGAUACAUUUUCCAAGAUAUACUAAAGACAGGACAUGUAAUUGCCUUUUAUUGGUACUAUAGCUUCAGUAUUUGUUGAGUGGUGUUUUAAAUACAUACUGUAUAGGGUAUGCGUUUAUAUUUGUAUUUAGACCAAGCAUGUCAGUUUAUUAACUCCCCAGAUGGAGCACAAGCACAGUUUUCUUGCAGAUGUGGACAUGAGAGGAAAAUUCUGAUUUAAUGAAAUUUUUUAAUUGUGCUACCAAUUGUGCCAGUGAAGUGCAUUUCAGGACUUGAGAUGUGAACCUCUGUGACUAGGGUGGGAAUCUAUAUGAACUUAUUCCACAUGAAAACUGGACUGUAGUUAAAUCAGAACCUUCUUCAUUCCAUUCGUUUAGGAUGGACACAAAUCCAUGAUGGUGGUGUAAGCUUCCCAUUAUAUCUGGCUGUGAAAAAUUGUGUGUCAAUAAAAAUGCACAUUAACAAGAAAACAAACUUAAUACAUUCCAAAAUGAGCAGGUACCUUUUUGCCUAUUACUCUCAAAGCCUAGUAAAUUAGGGUGACGGGGAACAGCAGAGAAUUGUGACUUUAACUUAUCCCUUGUUGUUACUGCAUCUUGUAAAGCGCUUUGUGAUGGUGGUCCACUAUGAAAGGUGCUAUUUAAAAUAAAGAUUAAUUGAUUGAUUUGGAGACAAAAUAGCAUAAUGUAACUAUUCACAUGACAUUUCAUUCACUAGUGCAUUCAUAUGUCAUUUUUCCUCAGCAUUCCUUUUGUAUUACAGUACAAAAUAAAUUGUAGACGAUAACCUUUAGUUCAUUUGGGUGCAACAGGAAAACUUGUAAGCAGUUGUUGUUGUUGUUGUU